AUGGUGGAAGGCUUCGAGGGCAAGACUUACAAGGAGCAGCUGAGGUCACUUGAUGACCUCAAGCCAACUCCAUCUGCAAAUCCUAGAGGCACAGGUGGCUUUGAUGAUUCAGACCUAGCUGAUGGCCAUUUACCAAGAGGAGGAGGUGAUGGCAGUGGCACCAAUGGACGAAAGGAGUCAAGUCCAAAUAAACCUGAAGAAGCUGAGGGCUCUCAGGGAGCAAUAGCUGGAAUUGUAAGUGCUGUGGUUGCUACUGUAAUUGGAGCAGUAUCUAGUUUCAUUGCUUACCAGAAGAAGAAACUCUGUUUCAAACAAAGCGCAGAUGAAGAGAAUGUGAAUAUGGAAAGCCAUCGGGGAGCACAAUCUGAGCCACCUGGUAAGAAAAGAAUGUAG